UCGGCGUGGUUUUCAUUUAAAAAGUGCGCAAAUUCCGAAACAAUUCCAGCCACAAGUUCUGACGAGGGCAGCGCGCUGCUUGACAACUCUAAAAAUGAAUCAUAAAAGACCAAGAUAGAGCGAGAACACGACCAACAAAAAAAAAGAGUGCAGCCAGCACCAGCAUACAAACCAAAAACCAACCCAAAACCAAACCAAAAACGAAACGCAACAAACGAAUUUACAGUGCAAUCGAGCUAUAUUUAAAAUACAACAAAUUGCUUUCUUUACUCCCCACAGUGCGCUCUCGGUAACAGCAACAACAGUGACAACGGCAGGCGGUGGCAGCGGCAGUGGAAAAGCAGAAGCGCCAGCGGAAAUUUCUUUUUAUCGCUGAAAGCAACAAUUGACGGAACGCACGCACCUCCACGAGAACCUGAGCGGAAAGAGCGAGGGAGAGGCACAAACACUCACACACAGACACACACUCUUACACGGCACAAAGGUUAUCAUCAAUAACAGAACCAACAACAAAAUUACUUUAAAUAUAUAUAUAUAUACAUAUAACGUUCAAAAAACAAACAAAAAAACGUUCUACAAGAACAACCACAAAACUGCAACCGAAAAGCAAUCGCCGAACAACGCCUAAACUAGUGAUUUUUUGUGAGAGAGACAGAGAGACCAAGACGACCAAGACCGAGAACGAGAGAGUGAAAAGUGACUAAGAGAGGAGUGAGAGAGAGAGAGCCGCCCCGCGUUUUAAAAUUAAACAUUUUGCAACUUCAAUAACUCCAAGAGGAAUUUGUAACUGGAAACCCACCUGAGCCCGAGUAUUACCUGCCGCCUACCUGCUUUUUGGGUCUUACACAAACUACAGCUACAGUGAGAAAUGCGUGAAUACAAAAUUGUGGUUCUGGGCAGCGGCGGCGUGGGCAAGUCCGCCCUCACAGUGCAGUUUGUGCAGUGCAUUUUUGUGGAGAAGUAUGACCCCACCAUCGAGGACAGCUACCGCAAGCAGGUGGAGGUGGACGGGCAGCAGUGCAUGCUGGAGAUUCUCGACACGGCCGGCACGGAGCAGUUCACAGCCAUGCGGGAUCUGUAUAUGAAGAACGGCCAGGGAUUCGUGCUGGUGUACUCGAUAACGGCGCAGUCGACGUUCAAUGAUCUGCAGGACCUGCGCGAGCAGAUACUGAGGGUAAAGGAUACGGACGAUGUGCCCAUGGUGCUGGUGGGCAACAAGUGCGAUCUCGAGGAGGAGCGAGUCGUCGGCAAGGAGCUGGGCAAGAGCCUGGCCAACCAGUUCAAUUGCGCCUUCAUGGAGACCUCAGCCAAAGCCAAAGUGAAUGUGAAUGAUAUUUUCUACGAUUUGGUUAGGCAGAUCAAUAAGAAGUCACCCGAAAAGAAACAAAAGAAACCGAAAAAGUCCCUAUGUGUUCUGCUAUAAGACUUCCAACAAAACAAAAAAACGAGUAAGAGAAACAAAACAAAAGGAGCGAGCAGGGAAGAGGAGUAGGGGAGGAGAACAAGUAUAAGAGUAAAAUUAAAAACAUUUUCAAUUUUUUUCCGUUCUUGUUUCGUUUUCGAUCCGAAUGCAAUAUGCAAUUAUACAAUACAACACAAUAUUAAGAUUGUCAAACAAACAAACAAAACAAAAAAGAAAUUGAAAUAACCAAUCUACUAUAUAUACAAUACAAGAGCAAGAGCAAAAGCAAAAGCAAAAAAAAAAAACGUACAUAUGCUGACAAUGUUUUAUAACUGUUUAAAGUUUUUGUAAUUAUUACUAUUUACUACUAUUAUGAUUGUACUAUUUUUCGCUGAUUAACCAUUAAUCAAUAUGGGGAAUUAUUUAAUAUACUUAUACACACACAUAUAUAUAUUAUACAUAUUUGUCGUUCGUUUUUGAGCCGUUUUUUAAAUUAUGCAACAAAUGAAACAUUCGUAAACUAAAACAUUCGUAUUUAUUGAUUCUUUUCGAUUAUACUCUAUACACAAUACGUCUUAUAUACAACAAAACAAAAACAAAAACAAAAAAAAACCAACAAAGAAACAACAAGUAAUAUCUAUAAAUAGAGCCGUAUACCUAAUGUCAUGUCGUUGCUCUUCUACCAAUUGCAAAAACAAA